AUGUGGUGUGUUGCUCGGUUUGAUGUUACGAGCCAGGCGCUUCAAGCGGCUCUAGACUACGCAUGUGCUGCUGGAGCCGACUGUGCUCCCAUCCAGCCCAAUGGUCUUUGUUUUCUCCCUAACACCGUUCAGGCUCAUGCAUCUUACGCCUUCAACAGUUACUUUCAGCGUAGAGCCAUGGCUCCUGGCUCUUGCAACUUCGCCGGCACCUCCACCAUCGCCAAAACCGAUCCAAGUUAUGGAUCAUGCGUGUACCCAAAUUCUGUGAGUAACGCGGGAGGAUCAGCUUCAACUACAACGGUGGGAGGAACACCGAUAACAACCGCCGGAAAUAUCCCCAUGACGUCACUAAGGCCACCAUCUGGCACCACGACAUCACCGUUUGGAGUAGGCGGCGGCGGACUUAUUCCACCGGGAACCACUAACACCGAUGAAUCUGGAGCUUAUAUGAACAUGAGCAGUGUCUCUAUAGCUUUAUUGGUGAUCUUACUUUUGUGGUUUAUAUAG